AUGAGCAUACCAAACGAUACAGACGAGCAAACGGCGCGGCGGUUGUCGCAACCGACGCCGGACGUGAGUCUUGCGGAGGCACAGACGCCCUAUUUCCACCUGAAUCUGGAACCGGCCCAGAGUGAGCCGGCGGCAAUAUCUCCUACCACCAGCACAGACACAACGGCAACUGCACGUCCGAAUCUGGGGCGAUCGCGGUCGCGAGAACGACCGGCCAGCAUCAUCAGCCGACGGACGUCCACGCUCAAGAAACGACACAGUUUCCUGCCGUGGCUCAAGAGAGACAGCAAGGGCGAGGAGGAGACCGCCAACAUGCCCACAUCCACACCAGCAGACUCGUCGUGGAACCAGUCCAAACACAAACAGUACCAUCUGCAGGCGCGAGCGUACCACGACCAGCGCAUGUCUAAGGCCGCCAGCACCGCGCCGGUCAGCGGAAACUCGUCCAUGGGCGGCUCUCCCAUUCCAGGCACACCCACUUUCGACAAAUACAGCAUGGUGCCCCCCACCAGUGACGCGCCUCUGCCCGUGGGAAACCAGAUUCCGUCCGGAACGCCGUCGCUGGCGCCAUCACGCAGCAACUCACGAACAGCAUCCUUCAGCGGCACUCCAGGAGCCAUGACGCCAAAUACACAUUCGGGCAACUCGUCAGCGUCCCAGUCGAAGCGGAACUCGUUUGUGAGACGGCCCUCGGGCUCCGGAGGACUGGUUUCGCCCGACGACGCCGCCAUAAUGGGCCCACCACGCGAAGCAAUGCCAGUGGACCCCAACCAGCAUGUUUUGGAAGCGGUGGCCAAGUUUGGAAAUGUGGCCAGCAACUCCAGUGGGCAUAUUGCCUGUGGCAUUUUGAGAUCUCUGUCCUUGACGGGCAGUAAACCGAGGUCGAGGACCGGCUCGGUUCCUACAAGCAUGGUAGGGUCUCCCUUGAUGAGUCCGAGUACACCGGGUACUCCAGGAGCCAUGACUCCAAUUGGAAGCAGUCCUGAUCAUUUGUUGGCGAUUCAGGAUGUGCUGAGUAGGGUGAGUAAAACCAGUCGUCUUCUGAGCGCGUCACGUGUUUGA